AUGGGCAUCGCCUUAUCAAUGCAAAAAUUCCUUGCGACGCCCUUAGCAGCGCAAUGGAAAUUCCCCUUUGUCGUGAAUCCACGCUUCUGUCGGCGGCGCGUCACGACGUUUGAGCUCACCGACAACUUCUGGACACACGCUAUGGAUAUCCACGGCUACGCGGUGCGGGAAGUGGAUUCCGGUCGCACUUUGUUCCGGGUCAUGCCGGCCAUUGAUGGGGAAGUCUCAGAUGGCUACACAAAAUGGUUGGUCGAUGAGUACGGAAUUCCAGUAGCUCACUUGACCCAUCGAGACCAGGAACGCCAACCUCAUAGUAGAAGCUACGAUGUGUGCCUGGGCAAACGCCGUCAGCCGCUUCCAAAGGUACUUACGACUUUGAUCAUCAAAUGCCCGCCAGGUCGAGGUGAGCCGCUCCUUGCCGAAGUGGAUGAUCUCCACGCAGGUGGUAAAAGUCGUCUGGGAUGCCAUGGGAUGUGGCGACAACGAGCUGCCGUGUUGCACCUCGAACGAGGUCGUGGAGGACGACGGGAACCUAUAGCCAAGGUCUAUCGUCCAGCUAGUAGUCGGAUGACGACGACGCUCGGAGGCAAUAAUGGGUACCAUGUUGAGACGGCGAUUGGAGUGGACGUGGCACUUGUCUUGCUCGUUUGUGCUGCUAUGGACGACGCGAAUGUUCAUUUGAAUCGACCGGUUUCGGUGCACGAGACGUCCGAAAGAGAGCAAGAACAGCAGGACAUGUAA